UGACCGUACGCUGCAUUUGUGCUGCCCACUAACCAGGCAAGUAAGCAGCGCGACGCUCGUUCCUCACGGAGAAACUCUGCGCGUGAGUGUGCGUGUGCGCGUGACACCUAUGGCACACCACUGAGCAGGGGCAACGACUCCCUGGCUACUUUUCCUCCUUUUGACCCCCCAAGGGUGUAUGGGAAGUGCUCCUGGAUGGACCUGGGCGAAACCGGCUGGUCCAUGGUUAAGCGAGAAGCAUCCAGCAGCCCGGGGUCACCGGCCGAACCGAGCUACCUGCAGCCCGGUGACAGCCGGCGGAGCGGCGGCGCCCACACCCCGGACGAGCUGCGGACUCCCCCGGGCGCGGGCGACCUGGACGCGCUGCAGGGCGCCAGAACACUCCACCCGUACGCCCACUUCGGACACCACCACCACCAUCACGGCAACCCGCUGCAGAGCUCCGGCGGCGGCGAGGACGUUCCCCUCUUUACGGAUCUAGAUCAGGGCGGCAAGCUGGUUCUGUCCGGCGGGGCGCAUAAGGCCGCCGCGGCGGGCCUGCUGGUGGAUCCGUCGGACAUGUAUCAAAGCUUGGCCAUCGCCGCGGCCCAAAGCCAGAGCGGAUACGAGUCCUCAUCUGGGGCUUACAUGCACUCCAACCCCAACUCCCCCGUGUACGUGCCCAGCUCGCGGGUGAGCUCCAUGAUCCCAAGCCUGACAUACCUGCAAGCCGGCGGCUCGGCGCAGCCGGGCCACGCGGUCUCCGGCCACUCUGUGUGGUCGCAGCCGGCACCGGAGAGCCCGUCCUACGGCGCAGGGAGCCCGCAUGCGCACGCCUCGUCGGGCCGCUUCCACUACCCGCCCAGCCCGCCCAUGAACAACGGCGGCGGCACGAGCAGGGACAUCGGCUACGGGAACUCGCUGAACGUGGCCAACCGGGCCGAGCAGUACGGGCUCUCGCGGCCGCUCGGUGCGGCCUACCCAGCGGCUUACUCGCCCUACGUGGCCCCGCAGCUGUCUCAACUGCCGUCGCCGUGGACGAGCGGGCCCUUUGACAACGGCAUGCUGCACACCUUGCAGAGCAGGGCCGCGCCCUUGAUUCGGGGAUCCAACGGAGUGUCGGAUCUCCUGGACGACAUGUCUGAGAGCAGGGAGUGCGUCAACUGCGGCUCCAUCUCCACGCCGCUGUGGAGGCGCGACGGCACCGGACACUUCCUAUGCAACGCCUGCGGCCUCUACAGCAAGAUGAACGGCCUCAGCAGGCCGCUCAUCAAGCCGCAGAAGCGCACGUCGACGUCCCGCAGGAUCGGCCUGUCGUGCGCCAACUGUCAGACGAGCACCACGACGCUGUGGCGCAGGAACGCCGAAGGGGAGCCCGUGUGCAAUGCCUGUGGUCUCUACACUAAAUUACAUGGGGUACCUCGGCCACUGGCCAUGAAGAAAGAAGGCAUCCAGACUCGAAAAAGAAAACCCAAAACACUGAAUAAAACCAAAGGGGGCUCAGGAAGUAGCAACUCUGUCGCCAUGACGCCCACGUCCACAUCUUCAUCCAACUCUGAAGACUGCUCCAAAACCAGCUCUCCUUCCACGCAAGUGUCCGGGGUCAGCUCGUCCGUGCUGCCCGUCUCGGGGGAGGGCUCCGUGCUCAAGUACCCCGGCCCGGAAGGUCUGUACGGUGCCGUGGGCCUGGCGCAGACCUCUGACGUGGGCUCGGUGAGGGGGGAGCCCUGGUGCCCCAUGGCUCUGGCUUGAGAGUGGGCCGGCCGAGCCCCUCCUGUGGAAGUACUCGGGCGACGUUUGAGUCACCUGACAAAGACGGACCACUGGCAGAAGAUUCCCUCCUGGCAACGGCUAGAUUUGGGAGUCCGUAGCGACGGUUUUGGCACGCCGUCGGAUGCUUUUACGGACCUACCUACGAGAAGAGCGUGACACCCCCUCAGUGUACGGAACGGAUUUCCUCUUCCAGCAUGGAUACUCGAAGACCUGUUUUGUUUUUUUGUUUUUCACAACUGGAAUCACCACGCCUCAAGAAUCAAACAAAAAGAAAAGAAUAUUUAUAAAUCUCCCGUUGUUGAGAAGAUGAUUGUAAUAAAGUUCUGGAAGUAGAAUAGACGCUCA